CUGGGGGCGCGUCUGCGGAGGGAAGCGGGUUUCAAUUUCAAACCCAAACAGUCCGAGGGACGAGCCAGUGCAUUGUGGGAUAACGUGUAAACCAGAUAGUUACAGCAUUUAAGUUGAAUUUGUAACGUUAUUCAAACACACACCAGAACGGUGUCGCUACCACCGACCGUGGUUACAGUCCACAGGAUCCGCGAAAAAAAAGUCGCCUGUCGCGUCUUCGCUCCAGUUUUCCGCGCCUGGUUUAUUUGGAUGACAAACCGACGCCUGGCUUGUUUGUUGCAGGUGCUGACCAAUCCGGAUUUUGUAUCACAUUAAAACUACCACUGUGUUCUAAUUACACAUAUCUGACAUAGCAAGCCAUUUCUUCAAGAAACAUGCCGAGGUCCAACAGGCAAAAGGAAUACAAACCUGGAGAUCUUGUGUUUGCUAAAAUGAAGGGGUACCCACACUGGCCUGCGAGGAUUGAUGAAUUACCUGAAGGAGCAGUGAAGUCGCCCUCAAACAAAUACCAGGUGUUCUUUUUUGGAACACAUGAGACGGCAUUCCUGGGGGCAAAGGAUUUGUUCCCGUAUGAUGAAUGUAAGGAGAAGUUUGGAAAAGCAAACAAGAGGAAGGGCUUUGCUGAGGGACUCUGGGAGAUCGAGAACAACCCCACCGUCACACAUGAAGGUUACGAGUCAUCAAAGAAAGACAAUGCAUCAGAAGGAGCAGGGGAUACAGGUAGUUCGGAGAAAGCAGAUGCUGAGGGCAGUAGUGAUGAGGAUGAAGGGGCCCUGGUCAUCGACGAGAAGAACGAGAGGGGAGGAACCAAACGAAAAGCAGAGGAGUCCACAGAGGCAUCUCCCAAGCGGCCGAAGGAUACAGGAGUGGAAGGUGACUCUAAAGUAGAGAGCAACAAGUCUAACACAGAGGCCAAGCUCAACGAUGUGGCUGGACCCAAGGCAACUGCUCCCUCCUCGCAGAGCGAGUCAAAGCCAGAGGCCCAGGAAAAUGCUCCAGCAGGAGGCCAAUUAACAGCAGAUAAGCCUGUGACAGAUAGUGCUUAACAUCAACUCAGAAGAAAACCAAGAACCUUUGACGCUUCUCUCUGGAAUUUAGGCAUCAACAUGGUUACCUGCAGGAUGCCAGAUUUCAGCUGUUUCAUUAAUAGGAGAAUUAAAAAAAAAAAAAAAACUUAAGUGUUUGUAUUAAGAGACAAACAAAUCCUCAUUUGCCAUUUUUGGGAUAUCAUAUAUCCCAGAAACAAAAAGUUUGCUAAUCUGAUUUCAAACAAUUGAACUGAGCACUUUAAGGCUCAUUUAUAAAUGGGAUUUUGGUGUGUAUAUAUUUUUUAUUUCUAAGUGCAAUUACAUAAUUACAAAGACUAAAUGCUAGGUGUCAAAACAUUUUUUCAGUUUAGAGGGAAUAAACACUGAAUAUAUAGUAAAUUAAAUAAAAAUAAAAACAUUUUAAACAAAAAAAUUACAUUUAUUUGACAAAGGCUCCGAUUUAAGGGUUUUAAAACGUAGAUAUUGUACAGGAACAAGAACAAAUUUUCACCCAUGAUCUCAGCUUUAGUUUAUAAAUUACAUGUUUUACUUCCGUUUGUUUCACCUAGCCUCUCAGCUUCAUCUAAAUCUUUUAUUCACUUGUUGGUUAUAUGAGUUGCACUUUCAGAACUUUUUUUUUUCACUGCCCCAUUAAUUAUCGACUAGUUUAUUAUGAUGUUUUUAUGCAACACAGGUUUUGUUGCAUUGUAGUAUGCUUCAUUGCAGGUGACCAAAUUAUGUGAUUAAUUGCACAGGAUCCCACAUGUAGCCUACGUGGCUUUUGAACGUAUUGAAUAUGUAAACCCCAUUUGAGAAGAACUAUUUUAGGAUUUAAACAUUUAGUUUGCAAACCCCUCUGUAACUUUCUGUAACUGAUGAUGUGCAUUAUUGAAAGCAGAAAGACAUUCCUGAAUGUUGUUGUGUCCGAGCUCGGUCUUGAAACUUUUCAAGUCAAGGUGGCAUUUUUGAGGGGAAAAAAUGAAUAGUCACCACUUUUUCUGGGGAAAUGAUCUGGCAAACUCUUUCAAAAUCCAUCAACUCAACUCUCAGUUUCAUGUUAUUAUAAUUUCCUACUUAGCUCACAUUAAUGCUGCCAUUGCUUGAUACUGGAGAUGUAAUUGUGAAGAACACUUGUAUUCAGUAAUUGGUUGUACCAAAUGUUUUUUUUCCAGCUCUGAAAUGUAUUGCUGACAUUGUUAAUACCAACAUUUGAUCUACACAAAUUGUGUUUUUUGAAAGUAAUUGAAUUUAGAAAGAAUCUACAGUGAACAAUCUGUAAAUUUUAAGUUUCUGACUUUUUGGUUUCUUACCCUCCUAACUGGAAUACGAGUCUGUUUUACUUCAAUGGUCUUAUCAUUUUGGCUGUGAAACAAAGUUGUGAUGUUUUAAAGAUGUGUUUUAUUCGAACAUUUGUUUUGACAUGUUGGUCAAUAUGUGGUGUUGUUAUUUUACACUAUUUGUAAUUUUUAAGGUUCAAGUUUUUUUUAAAUACUUGGCCUUUUUCACCAUGUUACUUGGAUGUCCUAGUCAUUGCUUCAGUGUUCUGUAUUUGGCAACAGGAGCCCACAGUUUAUCAAAUUUUGAACCUAAGGGAAAUCAUAGCUCUUAAAAGUGAAAAUAUUUCUGGCUGUUGGGUCUAAGAUGGCCACCUUCCUAUCACCACACCACUGAUUUCAAAAUGCAAAAAGCUCAAGUGCCCCUCUCAGAUCUGUAGUUAAUUCCAAGGGUAUAAUUUGGUAUUCAAGUGUAAUUCUUGGUUUAGCUUUCUGUGUUACUUUCGGAAGCUGCCAUUCAUCUUAAUCUGCUGCUUGGUUUACUAUUGUAGUUGCCAGUCCAUUUAAUAAAUCUGUUGAUUACAAAAA